CUGCAGAUGCCAAAGGGACCAUCCGGGAAAUUGUCCUGCCCAAGGGCCUGGACCUGGACCGGCCCAAGCGGACCCGCACAUCCUUCACGGCCGAGCAGCUGUACCGCCUGGAGAUGGAAUUCCAGCGCUGCCAGUACGUGGUGGGCCGUGAGCGCACCGAGCUGGCCUGCCAGCUGAACCUCUCAGAGACCCAGGUGAAGGUCUGGUUCCAGAACCGCCGCACCAAACAGAAGAAAGACCAGAGCAGAGACCUGGAGCAGCGGGCGUCCUCCUCGGCGUCCGAAGCCUUCGCCACCUCCAACGUCCUGCGGCUGCUGGAGCAGGGCCGGCUGCUGUCCGCGCCCAGGGCCCCCGGCCUCCUGGCCCUGACGCCCGGCCUGCUGGGCCUGCCUGCCGGCCACAGGGGCACCGCCUUGGGCGACCCCAGGAACUCCUCCCCGCGCCUCACCCCGCUGGGCUCGGGCCCCGGGUCCCCGCCGCUGCGGCCCCUGCCCCCGGCGCUCUGCUUCUCGGCCGCCCGGCUCCUGGACCUGCCCGACGGCUGCGACCUGAGCUCCUCGGCCUUCGAGCCCUACAGCCCGCCCUGCAGCCCGCUGGAGCGGGGAGGCGGCAGCCCCCGGGGCGCCAAGAAAGCCAGCGCUUAAGCCUCCACCCCCUGCGACACUCUGCCCCCAAGCACUGCACCACCCGCCUCCCAGGCCCCGUGGGGGUGGGCAGCCACGCGUCCUGCCCCCCCACCCCCCCCCCCACCCCCGCCAGAGACUCUGGACCAGGACCAGACAGCCUGGGCCGCGCAGCUUUGUGUGUGUGAGUGCGGUGUGCGUGUGUGCCUCUCACUGAAAUAAAAGGAAAACAAUGACGAAGGGAAA